GGACGCUUCUGGGGUGGAGGUGGGGAGGCACAGAGAAGGAAGCCUCCAGCCUUCUCCCGGGCGCUGGCGAUGUGGUCAGCUCCCCUCCAGCGGUGGCCUGGGACAGGUGUGAGCAGGUCACCAUGACGACGGGGCACGGCGUCUUCUAGCCCGGCGAAGGCAAAGGGCGAGUUGCUGCGCGCAGCCUUAGAGCUCGCCCUGAGACCCCAGGGCACGCACUAGGACGCAGCAGACCCGAAGGGGGCGGGGUCCGGCCGGACGACGAGGGCUCUCGAAGCUCGGAGAAGGGACCCGACAGCCCCCUCUCCGCCUCCCACAACCACCUCAGGGCAGGAGCUAAGACGGCUCGGAGAGGGGAGGCGCCGGGGAGAUGGAGGGAUGAGGACCCGGGGCCAAGGCAUACUGGCAGGCAACCACCCACCGCCCAGCACAGCCCGAGGCAGUCCUCGAGGACUGGGACGGGGCGAGAAGACUCUCUUCUGUCCAGGUGCCUCCGGGAAUAUUCAGAGAGCCUUGGGCGGCUGAACUGGGCGCCCCGCCCCGGUCCGAACUUGUGCCUUGCCUCCGGAUGCUGAGCCCCCUGCCCUGGAUCCUUCCCGCAGCCCAAUUAGCAAGGCCGGGAAGAGCUGCCAAAAGCAAUUGCUCUUCUCCCUCCGAAAAGCCAGCGAGGAGCCCUGGGGAGACGCUCCCCUUGGCCCCUCCCGCCCUGGAGGACUAGGAGCGUCGCUCCAAGGACGCUCCCUUGUACCCUUCAAAGGGACCCUUCCAAAUCCUGCCCAGACCCCAUCUGGAACGGAGAGAGCGCCGCGCUGGGAAGGCAGCCCAGGAUGGCAGUCCUAGAGAGAAGUCCCCAAGCUGGCAACGACUCAUCCUUUGCCAGCAAUGAGAACAGCAGCCAAGCCCCAUCUCCUCAGAACUUCACCUUCUCCUCCUACUACCAGCACUCUUGGCCUGUGGCUGCCAUGUUCAUCAUGGCCUACGUCUUCAUCUUCCUCAUGUGCCUGGUGGGAAAUAGCCUUGUCUGCUUUGUCGUGGUGAAGAACCGGGAGAUGAGGACAGUCACCAACAUAUUCAUCCUGAACCUGGCUGUCAGCGACCUGCUGGUGGGCAUCUUCUGCAUGCCCACCACCCUCGUGGACAACUUGGUCACUGGUUGGCCAUUUGAUAACAUCACGUGCAAGAUAAGCGGCCUGGUCCAAGGCAUGUCCGUCUCGGCUUCAGUCUUCACCUUGGUGGCCAUCGCUAUGGAAAGAUUCCGCUGCAUCGUCCAUCCCUUCCGCCAGAAGCUGAGCCUGAGGAAGGCGCUGCUCACCAUCGCCAUCAUCUGGGUCCUCGCCCUGGUCAUCAUGUGCCCAUCGGCCGUCACCCUGACCGUCACGCAGGAGGAGCACCACUUUAUGGUGGACGCCCAGAACCGCUCGUACCCGUUCUUCUCCUGCUGGGAAGCGUGGCCCGAGAAGGGCAUGCGCAAGAUUUACACCACGUUCCUCUUCUCGCACAUCUACCUGGCCCCUCUGGCCCUCCUCUCCGUCACCUACGCUCGCAUCUCCUUCAAGCUUUUCCAGUCCUCUGCCCCGGGCGGGGCGCCCCCGGGCCUGGAGAGGCAGCGCGCCUGCAGGCGGAAGGCCCGGGUAGUGCGCAUGCUCAUCGUCGUGGCUCUGUUCUUCUCUCUGUCCUGGCUCCCCCUGUGGUCGCUCCUGCUCCUCACCGACUACGGCCGCCUCAGCGAGCAGCAGCUGCACCUGCUCACGGCGUACAUCUUCCCCUUCGCGCACUGGCUGGCCUUCUUCAACAGCAGCGCCAACCCCAUCAUCUACGGCUAUUUCAACAGGAACUUCCGCAGAGGCUUCCAGGCCGCCUUUCGGAGCCAGCUUUGCUCGGGCACGUGGGGAGGCCACCGAGAAACCUACACGGAGAGGCCCAGAAGACUCUUUGGGGGCGGCCUGUGCAACCGAAUCUUUGUGGAGGUGCAGCCCACCGAGUCAGGGCAGAGUGGGGACGCCCAGAGGAUGGGGCGCUUCCCCCUGCGCAAUGGCUGGGUGGCCCAUCGCCGCCUGGCGCCGGAGGAUCUGGACGGUGGAGGCUCUGCCCGUGUACCCCUUCGUACCCCAGCCUGGAAUAUCUGAGGGGGGUGAGGGCAGCCGGCAGCACCGAUGAACCCCUGCUAUGUGGCCAGGCUCCAGGCAGGAGGCACAAAGAACCCAACAGUUCCUGCCCCCAAAGCGCUUACACUCUCCCUACCUUGUGAAUUAGAAUCAAUACUUUGUAUUGGUUCUAAGGUAGAAGAGCCCUAAGGGCUAGGCAAUGGGGGUGAAGUGACUGGCCCAGGGUCACACAGCUAGGAAGUGUUUGAGGCCAGAUUGGAACCCAGGACCUUCCAUCUCUAGUCUUCACCCAUCCACUGAGCCACGUAGCUGCCUCCUCAUAAUGCUCUUUCCUCAAUCACAUCCCAGAUGCCAACCUUGAGGGGAGAUAUUGGAUUGUCUCCUUUGUGGUGGGUUACACAGCACCCCACAUGUCACCCUUUGCGUUGGAUCUCUUCACAUAUAUCAAUAAAGGUACUCUGUCUCCUUUUUAAAGACACAGUCUUGGAGAGUUGAGUGGCUUUGCCCAAGGAGACCUAACUGGCCUCGGAGCUAAGAGGCCAGCCCAGGUCUCCUGACUUGAGGUUGGAGCUUAAUUCGUCUGCAAUAAAUCGAACCUUCCGGUGACUGCCGUAUCAGUGACACCUGGCUUGGGGCCCCAGAGAAUGUGCUCUGGUUUCCAGGUCAUCGGGGUGAGGCUAGAGAAAGGAGAAGGAAGCUCCCUCUGCUUUGAUCCCCAAAACUGGGACAGACAGCCAUUAUCAGACCUUGCCACCCAGCCCCACUGGAAGAGAAAGGCUGGUACGAGAGCUCACUCUCAGGAAGUACGUAGGAUUUCUGUUUAUUUUUUUUAAUUUAGGGUUGGGAAGAAAAGGGAAUUGACUUCAGCUCCCUUAGAAUGUUGGAAACACUGAAGCUCAUGGGGUUACAAUACAGCCACUUCCCAGAAUCGACAUCCUUUCUUGCAAAUCCCUGGGCUUUGGCAACGUGUCAGCCGCCUACACUUCCGACUUCCACCCUGGUGCCCAGAGACCACGUUUGGAGAGUCCCUGAAGGGCUGAUGACCUAAUAAUGCAUCUGGAUGGUGCCCAAAGUCUGCUCCAAGGAGAAACACAGGAAUUCCCUUGUCUACUCCCACUCCGUGUAGAAUUUAAGCUAAGACAUCCUGUUUGUAUUUCUAAAGAGAUCUCUCUUGGGAGGGUUUCACUGAUAGGUUUCAGUUCAACAAAUAAUUAUCACUCAACUGAACCAAUAUUUCUUGAAUGCCUGACAUGUGCAAAGCAAUGAAAGACAUGAAGAUUUACAAAACAGGGCCCUGCCCUCAAGGAGUUUGUACCUCCAUCCAGGCACAGUCCCAGAUGGGGGCAUUAAGCUCUGAGGAUCAUAAAGUCUUGAUUAACUAGAACCCCUAAUUUAUCUGCAUUUAACUUAGUGAAAGAAAAAAAUGAAAUCAGAGAGUCAUACUCUAACUAAAUACUUCAGGACCCUGUGAUUUGGUCGUAGGGUCACUCUACUUUUUUAGCACCUGGCAGUUAAGUGGACCUAGUGUGAACCUUCUCUGGACUAAGUUGAGCUGGUCCUCAAACAACAAACACAGCUAUUCCUGGGACCACACUCAAAGUCUUUGAAGCUUGGUAGCUUUUUCAGAAGGGUUCAGGAUACCCAUCCAGGUUUACAACCCACUUUCCAUAGCCUUGGACCAUCACCUGCUAAAAUCUUCACAAAAGGUGGAGAGACUCAGUCACAGAAAAAAAAAUCCAUGUGGUAUCUUGCAGUGACCAAAAUGAAGGGAUCACCCACAAUUUCUCCACUGAUGGUCCUGGAGAGUGAUUGGUGUUGAGGUGAAAUGGGUGACCAUAGAGCUCUUAUAAUAGCCUCCUUCCCUGGACGGAGAUAUGGUUAUAAAAUAUCUACUAUGUCCUGCUUACAGAGGCAGGAAAGUGGACGUGGGCUUGAGGGAAAGAUUCUUAACUAUUUGGUUUUUCUGGUUUGGCUAAAAUUUCCCUGAAGUAGCACCUUACGAUUGUUAAAUUUAUGGUUGGCCUGAAUAUAUAUUUAAUGACUAAAUCCCAAAAAUGAGUUACUAAAGUCAGAAUAGAAUUUUACAAUAGAGGGAAGAUAUUAAGGAAGAGAGAGAGAGAGAGAGAGAGAGAGAGAGAGAGAGAGAGAGAGAGAGAGAGAGAGAGAGAGAGAGAGAGAGAGAGAGAGAGAGAGAGAGAGCUCUCCAGCUUCCUCUGAGCCAGGUAGGAAUUAACAGGCCCCCAGAAAGGUCACAUUCACCACGUGUCAGUUCAAUCAGCAGAUUCUUUAGCUGCCUCAACUCCAGUAGAAUUGCUUCUUACAGGAGGUUCCACUCCAAGUGUGAGUCUUCACUCCAAGUGUGUCUCUUCACUCCAAGUGUGUCUGUGUGUAUCUCUAUUUCCACUUUUAAAGACCUUUUUCUCUUGCUUCACUUCCCCUAAAUUUUUACGUCUACCAAUCACAGAGGAUGUUCCACUCCAGGACUGCCCACUCUUUCACACGUGGGUCACAGACCUCCCACUCAAUGUAUGAAAUGAGUGUUCACACCUUUUUGUGGUUAAAAUCCAAAAUGGUUAGAUCUCCAGACUCAACUUUAAGUACCGUGCUUACACUUUUGGGGAUUAAAAUCUAAAAAUAGACAGGGGAUUACAAUUUAAUCUUCCCAAUCAAGGAAGAGCUAAGUACCUUCAUUGUUACAAUCAGGGGAGAGCCAAAUCCUAUCUUCACACACUCUACACUUCCAGGUUUGGGAGUACUAGUUUCUUAUGUGAACUGUUCACCUAUGUGAUAUCUGUGAGCUGUAACAAGUAUGAUAAAUACAAAUACCAAAAUGAUAGGGGUAAAUACCCCUUAUUACAGUUGGUUAUUACAGAGUCCAAGGGCCCUGGCCUGCUUCCAAGACUGAGGUCAAGUGGAAGAGGAAUUAGACAUGUUCUUUUGGAUCCCCAAAGACAGAAACUGUGGGAAGAAAUUGGAUAUGGACUGCUUUGAGCUUAAUGGAAAAAAACAUACCAAUAAUUUAGGGCUAUCUCAAAAGCAGAAUGGACUGCUGAGGCAGAAGAUGAGUUCCUGCCCGUGGGCAUCUUCAAUUGAAGGCUGUCUGGCUCCUUGGAUAUAUUGUGAAGGAGAGUCUUAUUCAGGGAUGGGUUGGUUGAAAUGGCCUCUGGACUGCCUUCCUGCUCAGAGGGUUUAUGAUUUUGUCAUCCAUCACUUGGGAAGAAGAAAGCUAUUUGUGAAUUAGGUUCUUGUGCAUUAUAACCCUUGGGAGAAGGCCUCAGGGAUCAUCUGUUCCCUGAGAAUAUGCUAGCUCCUUCUGUGAUGUGUAUUAUUCAUGUAUUAUUUGAUGAGCAAAAGUUUCCUUCUUGCCUCUCUAUUUCAUUCAUAUUUCAUGUUGAAGAGUACUGGGGGCUAGCUGUUUACCUGGCUGGGACCUGGCCAGAAAAACCAUCUGCUUUGCUUUUGAGCUUUAAAGUUUUGUUUUUUGUUUUUAGAAACUUCUACCCUCUUCCAUCUUAAUCCAGGAGAUGGCCGGCCAUGGUGUCACGAUAAGAGCACUGCAUUUGGAAUCACAGGACUUGGGUUCAAAUUCCGAUCUGUUACAUUUAUUCACGGUGGGAACUUGAGCAAUUCCCUUCCCUAGGCCUUAAUUUCUCUCUCUUAAAAUGAACAGGCAAUUUAGAUUUAGAGGUCAUUAGGUCCUGACACAAGUACAUUUCAGGAGUCUGGAACUUGGAUGGGAAAAAAAAUUUACAUCUUCAUUUGUACUUUCCUGAAGAUUUAGCAUUUCUUUCAUUUUUUUAAAUGUUCUUUUUAUUCAUUUUUUCAAAGACCUUUUUAAAAAAAACCUUAUCUUCUGUUUUAGAAUUAACACUGUGUAUUGGUUCAGGGUCACACAGCUAGGAAGUGUCUGAGGCCAGAUUUGAACCCAGGACCUCCCAUCUCUUGACCUGAUUCUCUAUCCUUUGAGUCACCCAACUGCCCCCUAGUAUUUCUUUCAGCUAGGAAUGUAGGCAACAAAUCAUAGUAGCAGGAGGUCUUACUAGACCACCAAAGGAGUUCAAGACCCUAAAAGGGUUAAGACAUCCUGGAUUUUAUGAUCACUAAAGUCCUAGUUAUAAAUACUGUGACAACUAGUUGUAAGCCUUCAUUAUCCUGUACCCCUGGGCUUUUGCUCAGCCAAUCUUACCUUGUUCUAAAAUGGCAAGAAAAGAAAAAAAAAUAUGUUCCUGCUAUCAUGUUUGGAAGGAAGGAAGGAGGAGAAAGAGGAGAAAGAAGGAAGGAAUGAAGAAAGGAAAGAAGGGAAGAGAGAAAGAAGGAAAGAAAAAAGAGGGAAGGAAGGAGGAAAGAAAGAAGAAAAGAAUGAAGAUAGGAGGAAAGGAAGGAAGAAAAGAGAAAAGAAAGAGGGGAGAGAGGGACAGAAGAAAGAAGAGAGAGAGGCAAGAAAUGAAAGAAAGAAGAAAGGAAGGAGGGAGGGAAAGAAGGGAGGAAGAAACAAGUAUUAACCAUUCACUAUGUGCCAAGUACUGUGCUAAGCCACUACAAGGUAAUUAAGAAUGAAUAUUGAGGGUUUGGUUUUUUUUCAAACCCUUACCUUCUGUUUUAGAAUUAAUACUGUGUAUUGGCUCCAAGGCAGAAGAGUGGUAAGGGCUAGGCAAUGGGGGUCAAGUGACUUGCCCAGGGUCACCCAGAUAGGAAGUGUCUGAGGUCAGAUUUGAACCCAGGACCUCCCAUCUCUAGGCCUGGCUCUCAACCACUCAGCUACCUAGCUGCCCCUUGAGUUUUUUUCCACACGAUUCUUAGCUGCAAGUGAGGUGUUUAUGGGAAGUUGCUGGGAUGGGCCAGGUUUCCUAAGGUAACAUUUUUCAUGGGCACAAGCCCAUCUAGAUGGGGGGUUCUGUGGAGGAGAAAGCCACAGGCCCAACUGAGUUUUGUCGGUGGUGGCCUUAUAGGUCCUCUAAUCCUGGCCACAUUCAGUUCAUGACAAACGGCCACUCUCAUUCUGGGUCCUGGCUAAUGAAUGAUUUUCCCCGCUUUGCCCAGAACAAACAGAACCACCCCAGCCCAAAGUAAGUUGGUGAUGCGCCUCUAGGCCCCAGCCCAUGCCACCCCCAGCCCCACAGACCACAAUCCGCCCAACCCAACAGCUUAGAUCUAUCUUUUCUGGAAAAGAAGCCACCUGGCUCCCCGGGGCUUGGGACAGAGGGAGGAGCGGCAAGGUAGAGAGAAAACCCCCAACCACGGACUUCCUGUCCAUUCAUCUCAGAAGCAAAGAGAGCUAGCCAAACCAAGGGCGCCUAUGGACAAGGCAUUUCUAUUCAGCUGGGCCAUCUCCCCUCUCUUCCCUUAAAUCACCCUGACCGAAGCCACGCCAAUAAAGACAGAUGAGGAGGCAACUAGAAUGGGCUCCAUUAUGGAAGAGUUAGGUUGAAUUCCCAGUGACUGGUUCCUUGUUGAACAACCAAAUAUUGACCCGCUUCUCUUGCGACGGAGCGAUUUAUCUUUAGGGAGUGACUUUGUGUCAUCAAGGCCGCUGGGCCUCAGAUCACCCUGACUUAACUCGUUGGAUUUAUUCGCCUCUCUUCUGGGAUUUGGGGCUUUAUAAAUUUAGCACAUCCAAUAGAGGCUGUUUCGGGUCCGGCAUUCAGACAUCUUCAGGACCGCCCAAGAGCUCAGGCGCUCUCUGCAACAAUGCCCAUCCUCUGGGUCUUAGCAAGUGGGCUAGGAGAGAUGCCAGAGGGGAGAAAUCCAUCCUUGUGAGGCCCAGCUCAGGUGGUUAUUGAUUUCCGUUCAGUUCAAUAGGCAUUAUUAAGGACCUCCCCUAUACCAGACCAGGGAGAUGAAGCCAUUUCAUUCACUGGAAAGAUGGUAGAUCACAGUCUUUUCUGGGAGAAUGGAAGCUCCUUGAGGGCAGGGACUGGUUCAUUUUGCCUUGGUCUCCCUAACACCUAGCACAGGUGCCUGGCAUGGAGCAGGUGCUUAAUAACUUCAGGUCAGUUUAUCACAAUUUAGCACCAACCGUGCUGAUAUGGCAUGGCACAACAAGGGUUGUUUUCUUCCAGUUUUCAGAGAUUCAUGUAGCUCAAACCAGAAGGUGUAAAUGAUUUGCCCCCCCCCACAGAAUCAUAAAAACAACAACAAACCCUCUAUAUUCUCCAUUCUCUGCAGUUGUCAUUGGAAGCUUGUCAAAUCUGCCAAAGUGGAGUAUGUUGGAAGGCUGGACCCCAGGUCCUGGCCUUAAUGUUUAUCACGAACUUUCAGAAGAAAAAAAAAAGGCAGCUGCUACCAGAAGCUCAUAAACGAAUGAGGUGGGGGGUUGUAGAAAAAACCCAACAGUUCAUAAUUUGGGUAAAUUAGUCUGUCAAAUGGCUACAAGCCCUUUUAAAUCAUUCUGCUUAAGGAGAGAUUGCUUUCUCUCCUGAUUUCCUUUCUGAAAAGUUGCUGAAAGUUCUAUUCUUUCUCUGUUCUGAUCCAUCCUUUAUCCCAACACCAUGCUUUUAUGGUUUUCUUCAUCAUCAUCAUCAUCUAUAAUGCCCGAUUAAUCCUGGGUUCAAAGCUCCCUAGUGGGUCAUAGCAUCUCAAAACUGGCAAGAAAUUUCAAGUUGGAUCUGUUCGAGCUCAUUCCUGAAUAGUAUUUUCCUUCCACUUGAUACCCAGCAAGUAGUCCUCUACCUCCUGAUGUAGCAUAUUCCACUUCUGUAUUCCCCCUAAUGAUUUAAGACAUUAUUCCUUCUCUUCAGCCUAAAUAUACUUCUCCAUACUUCUGUUUCUUCUUCUGGCCUCUGGGACCAGGUCCCCUUUUGCCAAUAGAGGAAGAUGACAACUCCUCCGCCUGGUGAUCCAUCCUUGUUUCCCACAACUUCUUUCCAGUUACCCCAAGCUUUUUCUAAACUGAAUAACCCUCUGCCACCUGAACAUGUCCAGUGAUUUCCUGCUUCCAUAGAUUUUUCUCAUGCUAUUCCCUAAUGCCCUGGGUACCUUUCCUCCCCUGGGUUAAUCUGGCAUUCCUUCUUAUCUGUUAAGAUAAGUUACGUGUAAGUAGUGACGCUGCCCAUUCCGGCACACCUGGUUCUGUACUUCUCUAUUGUAAUGUUAUAUAUUCUAGUUACUGUGUCUGUGCUGUAACUUUCUUCCAGACUGCGAGUCCCAGGAGGGCAAAUGUAUUUUAAUGUUUAAGCUUUGUAGUUCACCCAGUGCCCAUCCCCUUACCCCACUCACAAUGGGUGUUAGCAAAUGUGUGUUAAGUUAAAAAACAAUUGUUCGGUAGUUUUGGGAAUCAGAUAUUUAACAUUUAUGUGAGUUUUAAGAAAUGUGUUGUCGUCCACCACCUCCCCAGAAGAACGGUUCUGUUACAUUCUGGCUGCUUUCUGACCUCUAGGUGGACACCCCCGAAACCCUCCUGUUUUGCUUCUUCACUCUCACAUCUCCUCUCUUUAAUGUCUUCUGAAGGGGAUAAUGUCACACUUUAUGGUCAAUAAAGUUGUUACAAAAGU